UCCAACUUUAAAACAACAACAAGAACGAAAUAGCUUUCCGAAUAUUGUUAUUAACUUAAUGCUGCGCCCACCACACACACAAACAUCAGCAUGGGCAUUCUAGAGAAGAUUGCUGAGAUCGAGCGUGAAAUCGCACGGACGCAAAAGAACAAAGCCACUGAGUACCAUUUGGGAUUGCUAAAGGCAAAGCUUGCCAAGUACCGCUCCCAGUUGCUGGAGCCCUCGAAGAAGGGGGAGAAGGGCGACGGAUUCGAUGUGCUGAAGAGCGGAGAUGCGCGUGUCGCCCUCAUUGGAUUCCCCAGUGUGGGCAAGUCCACAAUGUUGUCCACACUGACCAAAACUGAAUCGGAGGCGGCGAACUACGAGUUCACCACGCUGACGUGCAUUCCUGGUGUAAUUGAGUACCAAGGAGCCAACAUACAGCUGCUUGAUCUGCCGGGUAUCAUCGAAGGUGCUGCCCAGGGCAAGGGUCGUGGUCGCCAGGUGAUUGCCGUUGCCCGCACCGCCGACCUGGUGCUGAUGAUGCUGGACGCGACCAAGCCGAAUGUACAUCGGGAACUGCUGGAGCGGGAGCUGGAAUCCGUGGGCAUCCGUCUAAACAAACGCAAACCGAACAUUUACUUCAAACAGAAAAAGGGAGGCGGUCUGAGCUUUAACUCAACCUGCUCCCUGACGCGCUGCAGUGAGAAGAUGGUGCAGAUGAUCCUGCACUCGUUCAAGAUCUUCAAUGCGGAGGUGUUGUUCCGGGAGGACUGCACAGAGGAUGAGUUCAUUGACGUGGUCACCGCCAAUCGCGUCUAUCUGCCUUGCUUGUAUGUGUAUAAUAAGAUUGAUCAGAUCGCCAUCGAGGAGGUUGAUCGGCUGGCACGACAGCCACACUCUAUUGUGGUCAGCUGCAACAUGAAGCUGAAUCUGGACUACAUGCUGGAGGCGCUCUGGGAAUCCCUUCAGUUGAUCCGGGUGUACACCAAGAAGCCCGGUGCACCGCCAGACUUUGACGAUGGCCUCAUCUUGAGAAAGGGCGUCAGCGUGGAGCAUGUGUGUCAUGCCAUCCAUCGGACUCUGGCCGCCCAGUUUAAAUACGCCCUGGUCUGGGGCACCUCAACGAAGUACUCGCCACAGCGUGUGGGCAUCGCCCAUGUGAUGGCCGACGAGGAUGUCAUUCAGGUGGUCAAGAAGUAGACCUCAUUUGGAGCAGCUUCAUUUGUUGAUGUCAAUUGGGUUGAAAUAUAUUCUAUUCUAAAUAUAUAAAUAUUAAU